AUGUCGGUCUUCAUCGACCAACAACCCAGCACGCCAGGGGAAUGGCAGACUGGAUACGCCGACUUGACGCAGGUCAAACAGAUUCCAGGAACGAGCGCAGAGGAUAUCAGUGAAGUCGGGAAUGAAGAGACAUACCGGGAUAUCUAUCUUGACGGCACCCCGAUCCUGCAACACCCCCGGGGCUCCUGUGAGAUUUACGCGGACGUGCUGGCAUUCACGACGCCUGAAGUAACCGUCGAAGCCAAGGCAGACACCACGAUCGAGAUCAGGACGCGCGUCAUUACCGCCAGCGAACCGUUGCAUCUCAACUUCAGCGCCGCCGCGGCCCAAAGCUCCGCCAUGGAGAUCUACGCCAGCAUCCUCGAUCAGCCUAUCGAUGUCUCCGUCGAAGGAGCCCAGCGCACAAGGCUCGACAUCGGCGCCGAGUCCAAGAAUGUCGGGGCUGUCAUCGGCUUCCAAAACAGCAAGUUAACCGUCUCUCCCUUGGAGCAGUACGGCGGCGACCGCAGCGCCGUCUACCAGGCCCAUCUCGACACCCAGCUGCGCAUCGCGCUCGCCUUGUUCUGGGCACGGCCUGCCAUUGCCCUUUCCAUCUGCGGCCACGUUGCCCGUUCGACCUCCGGCCUGGACUCCGGCCAUGCGCUGUCCAAUGCCCAGGCUGUAUCGCUGGGACAGCAGCUCGCUGGGCGCCGGCUGGCUGGGAAGAACGCGCAUUACGCGCCGACGUUGAACUUCAAGAAUUAUCGCGACACCAUGGAAGAGCAGCUUGAUGCCGCGGAGACAUUCGAGGCGCAGUAUCAGCUGUUUCAAAACGCGGCUAGCGGGGUGGAUGAUCACAAGAAGGCGUGGGCAACGAUGUUGGCCAACGCGAAGGAUCAACGGGUGGCACGCGCAAGCGUACAGGCGCAGGCGCUGGACAAGUACCGGGAUGCCAGUGCCACCGUUGGCAUAUGUACAGAGCAGUUGGAUGCUGACGAGGACGAGAUGGAGGCAGCUCACGAGAGUUUCCGACAGGGGUUGGAGCAAUGGAAGAACGCACAGGUCUUCAAAGCGGCGUUGGGCAUUUUUGGUGCCAUCUUUGGAUUCGCCACGGGAAUGGCCGACUUCGCCACACUCGGCGACGUUGUCCAGGGCGUACUGGAUAUCGAAGGGGCAAUCCAAGACGUGGCUGAUAUCGAGGACCCCCAGAACGGAGUGCCAGAAGACGGUCAGAUCAUCAGCUCGGGUACCAUGAGCCCGCUUUGGAAAUGCGUCAAAGCCCUCGGCGAGAUCUAUCCCAAUAUGGCCGCGUUGGUGGAAGCGGCAGAGCAGAUUGUCGAGAUUGGCGACGGCGACGACGUCGGUCUCCCUUCGUUCGGCGAUGUCACAGGCUCGCAGGGCUCCGACGCGGACGCAAAUCUCAUUGUCAGCAUCGCCGCAUGGGACGAUUGGGAGCUUCAGGCUGACGAGCAGAUGAGAUGGGCUGUGGAGGAGGAGGAUAUCACAGGCGCGGGGGAGUAUCGCCUGGCGCUGCGCAAGCAUGCAGUCCAUGGUCGAGCCCUUUCCCAGGCGCAGGCGGAGGCCAUCAAGCAGGGGCAGCAGUAUGUCCAGGCGACGCUGGAACUGCACCAGCUGGACAAGGACAUCAAGAACCUGCAGGACCUGCUGGACCAGUAUGAUGGGGAGGAAGCCGAGUACGUCGCAGCACAGGCCAAGUUCUACGACCGCUACCUCCGUCUGCAGACCACGCUCGCUAUCCAAUUGCAGAACAUCGUGGAUGCCUACCGGUUCUAUACCCUCGAGGAGAGCAAGGUAACGGUGGACUCGCAAAAGUCUGUCGGAGACUUCCAGGAGAAUCUGGCCACGUUACAGACAGAGAUGGACAACUUGAACGGCCAAUUCGGCCAGGAUCCCCAACCGUUCAAGAAGACCCAGUACUCUGAUGAGCUGGCAUCGAACUUCCCCGCCACGGUGAUUGCUGGCCUGAGGGACAGCGAGAAGGGCAACACAGCGACCUUCACCCUGAAGCCCGUCCCAAAUCCCACGACAACUCCCGGUGCAAGCAACUUCGCCUACCCGUUCGUCCGCGGAUCCCACUACCGCCUGGAAGGGAUGCAGCUCACGCUGGACACCGUGAAGCCGUAUCCCGCCGCCAUCACCCACGGACGAGCCUUGGUCAGCCUUCUAAUCGAGACAUCCGGCUCGUAUUCCGAUAUCUACAAGGAUCCAGAGGGCGAGACGGACAAGGCCUUGACAUUCGUCACGCAGGCGCAGAGAAAACGGUAUUCGUACUACGUGGACGCGGAGGGGAAGUUCUUGGAAGAAGUCGACCAGGCCAUCUUUCCCUCGACGGACCAUGCUGAGCCUCCGCCCUUCACGGCGUGGAAGAUCACCUUCGAGACAGCGGGCGAUUUUGACGUCAGUGGUCUCAACCUCGUCGAGAUGACCUGGGGCGGCAGAUUUCUAGCCUACCCAGACGACCGUCCCAUGUAUUCCUCCUUGAACUGCUUCACUGCGGCUAUCAGCCCACCUCUCCAGGAGCUUCCUCAGGACCAAUCCCCCGAGCGGGUUAUCCCCGGGCUCGGUAUGCUCGUUGAUAUACUCCUGCAAGGUCUCGAUAUCGGUCGCGAGGAACUUCGCGGCGCCUGA